UAGCUGCAUGUCCCCUGUCACUGAGCAUUACCAUUUUGUGGUGACCAGUUUGUGCUACUAUCUACUACACCCACAAUAAAUAACUCCCUCAUAUCACAAGUGCUAGUUCGUGUAGAAGGGUUCAUUUACUCUAUCAGGUUCCAUAGUGAAAAUCAAUGUUCUGUUCUGCAGGAGGAGAUGUAAGAGGAAGCCCUGGAGUGCAGCAGCAGGUGGAGCUGGAAGAUGCAGGAGAAGCCGUGUGUGUGUGUGUGUGUGUGUGUGUGUUGGUGUGUGUGUGGGGGGGUGGAUCUUGUACCAGGGGAGAAACUGCAUCUGCUAAGGCACAAAAUAUUAAAAUUUUUAACACCCCUCCACCAGUAGUGCUGGGAGAUAAAGCAGAGACUGACAAGCACUGAAUAUAGGAUCAGCUUUGUGUCUGUAAGGCCAAUGCACAUCUGAUUGAUACAGACAUGGCGCAAAUAAUCCCUUGUGUCUGUGCUUCGGGGGUAACAGUCACACAAUGGCUGCUUCUUUCAGAGGAAUCCUAUGUCGCAAAGAUGAAAAGGCUGAGAUGAGAGUUGCUAACUGUUUGGCAUUAGCACGUACAAUGUUUACCUGCUUGUGGGUGGGCGGGGGCACAAAUACACCUGCUGCCCAGGGAGGAGACUGAGCUUUGAGCCUCAGAGCAGAGAUGCUUCCGUGAGAGACUGCGAUUCUGCACAGACUGAAACAGUGCGAGGAGAUGUGCAGCAGCAGCAGACAGUGAACUGAUCUUUAGUCUUCGUACAGACGAGGGAAGCCCGUGUAGGCUGCUUUCUUUCCAUUGUGUGCCCCUCUCCCUCUAUUAGAAUAUGUAUGUGGAGAAAGCCUCCCUCUGCCGCAGGGACAUCCCAUGUUGCAGCCAUGUGCCUCUAGCCAUCCAAGCGUAUCUGCUACAUCCAGAAACCCCUCCUAACAGCACGGCAUCCACCUCUCCCAGACACUGAGCACCAUGGCGGUACCCUCGGCUGUUCCCUCCCCAGCCCCACCGCCCGAACCUCCGUCUGAACCAAAGCCAAACGGGCAUCAUCAUCAUUACCCUACACCAACUGCCACCCCUAGAAUGUCAGUAUGCUCCCGGGCUACUUUGGUAAGCACUAUGGACAACGCAACCAGUGGCCUGCGCUCAGUCAUGAAGUGGAAAACAGUUGUGGCAAUUUUUGUUGUGGUGGUGGUUUACUUGGUGACUGGUGGUCUUGUCUUCCGGGCUCUUGAGCAGCCAUUUGAAAGCAGCCAGAAAAGCACCAUAGCACAAGAAAAAGCAGAUUUCCUCUUCAAUCAUCCCUGUGUCACACAGCAAGAGCUGGAUGCGCUUAUCAAGACAGCCAUUGAUGCUGAUAAUGCUGGAGUGAACCCCAUUGGGAAUUACUCUAAUAGAAGCAGCCAUUGGGAUCUUGGAAGUGCCUUUUUCUUUGCUGGAACUGUAAUUACGACUAUUGGAUUUGGAAACAUUGCACCAAGCACUGAAGGAGGGAAAAUCUUUUGCAUACUUUAUGCAAUAUUCGGGAUUCCUCUUUUUGGCUUCUUGUUGGCUGGAAUUGGAGACCAGCUGGGGACAAUCUUUGGAAAAAGUAUAGCAAGAGUUGAGAAAGUUUUCCUGAAGAAGCAGGUGAGCCAAACGAAGAUCAGAGUCAUUUCUACAAUCUUGUUCAUUGUGGCCGGCUGCCUGGUAUUUGUGACCAUACCUGCUGUCAUCUUCAAACAGAUCGAAGGCUGGACAGAACUGGAAUCGAUCUACUUUGUGGUGGUUACUCUUACAACCAUUGGCUUUGGAGAUUAUGUGGCAGGGGGAAACACAGACAUCUCCUAUCGAGAGUGGUACAAGCCUUUGGUGUGGUUCUGGAUCUUGGUUGGCCUAGCUUAUUUUGCAGCUGUCUUGAGUAUGAUUGGAGACUGGUUACGGGUCAUAUCCAAGAAGACGAAAGAAGAGGUGGGUGAAAUAAAAGCACAUGCAGUGGAGUGGAAAGCCAAUGUCACGGCAGAAAUCAGAGAGACACGGAGACGGCUCAGUGUGGAAAUCCAUGACAAACUUCAGAGAGCAGCCACAAUAAGAAGUAUGGAGCGCAGAAGGCUUGGACUGGACCAGAGAGCUCACUCCCUAGACAUGCUGUCACCUGAAAAACGCUCUGUUUUUGCUGAGCUGGAGGCAGGGCGUUUCAAGGCAUCAUCCCAAGACAGCAUAAACAACAGACCCAACAACCUGAGACUGAAAGGGGCAGAACAGUUUACCUUACAUGGGCAAGGGGUUUCUGAAGACAACAUCAUUAACAAGUUUGGUUCCAAUUCUUCAAAGUUUACAAAAAGAAAAAACAAGGAUUUAAAGAAGAAUCUUCCAGAGGAUGUGCGAAAAAUCUAUGAGAACUAUAGAAAAUAUUCAGUGGAUGAAGAGAAAAAGGAAGACAAGGAAGACAAAAUCUCCACUUCAGACACGGCUACGCUAUCUGACUUCAUUCGUCACUCAAUAAUAGAGAAUGGCUCCAUACCCAAUGAAACCAAAGAAGAGGAACAUGAAAGCAAAGCAUUACUUGAAGAGAAAAAUUAAAAGGGCUAAUCUGAAGAUCAUUGCUCUGACAUGGCACGACAAAGCUUUGGGCUGCAAAGUGGAACACAAAAUAGACAUUUUAAUCCCAUUUCGCAGCUCAGAGUUGGCUCGAAGAUUGCCUGAGCAGUAACCUUUAACCCCUUCUGUGCUGGAGGGGCCAGCGAUUCACUGUGUUGCAUACCCCUCCAGUAUGGAAGGGGGAGAAAAAUAACCCUUAUCAUAAGUAUAUUUUACUCUCAUGAACGAAAAAUAACAACAAAAACACUUACUCAUUGUAAAAGAGUUAUUAAGACAUGUGCCUUAAAGCAGACUUUUAAUUCCUUUGGAAUCCUGUACAAUUUAUUAAUAGACUUUUACCGUGCCAUAAAUGACUGCCAAGAGCCCCAGCAGCAGUGGAAAAUGUUGGAAAGUAAAGACCCUGCUGGGAUAACUGCACUAUGAAGAAUCUCCACCAGGAAAUGUGCACCUCAAGAUGGUGCCCAGUAUUUCUAUAGAUGGCAGUUUAUUUACACUCUGUCUGAAAGGAAGUUUUAAAAUGCCUUGUGAGCUGGAAGAGGUAUCCUUCUUUUGUGGCAAUGGGUACAAUAUGAAAUGUUUUAAUGAUUACUAUCUUUCUAACCUACAUGUCAGGGUAAAUGUACCCUGCCCCGGAACGACGUUAGCACACUCCAUAAAAUGUUUCUGCUCAAGUUUCUUUUUUUUACUCAACACGGUGGCAUUGGCCAUGCCCAUUAAUAAAAUAUAAAAUAAAACAUACGUAGGGGGUAACUCCAACAUAAUGGAUCUCCACCUGGAAACAUGCACUUCAAAACUGGUAGCUAGUAUUUUUAUAGAUGGCAUUUUGCAGUUUGCAGAUAGCUUGUAAGCUGGAGGAGGUAUUCUCCUAUGGACCCAGGGUACAAUAAGAAAGUUUAACAAUUAUUUAUAUCUUUUAACCUCAGUAUCAGCCAGCAGGACCCUCCUUGGAACAACAUCUGAACACACACUGCAAAAUUAUUGUGCUCAAGCUUUUCAAUCAUACUUAGCACUGCGGUGGCUACCAUAUCCUUUGAUAAUAUAAACUCAACCCUACAUCUUAGAUGGAGGCUCUCUCCAAACUCUGUGUGUUGGAAGGAUGUGAGUUUUGGGGAAAAAAAGCAAAAGUUGUCAUAUGUGUUGUCUUUUUAUAUCUUCUAGACACUUUAUAUUGCUGAACAAAAUCAGUUAAUAAUACUGUAAUACAGGGAAGGAGCAGUCACCUUGCAUGUGGUGUGGGAUUGCCUGCCUUUCUUUCUAUCCAUUAAGUACAUACAAAAUAUUUUCAUUGUGCGAUGUUCAAGUAAAAUACUCAGGGCUGCGUGUCCCUCUCAUAAAGCAAAGAUUUGACGGGCACUGUCAUUCUCUGGUAAAGUCUUUAAUGAACUGAAAUAUCUAAUGGAGUAAGAAUCAAAUAUUGAAGUGCUUACCAAUUUGUGCCAUUUCAUUUUACAUUUUUUAAUGAAACCGUUAAAGAUUUUUUUUUUUUUGUGUGUAAUUGAUUUAUACUAUGUUGUCCAUUUCUUUAAAAUGCCAAAACAAGAAGCUAGUGAUCCAACAAACAAUAUAAGGAGAAUCAGUAUUUUGAAUGUUUUCACGGUGAUAGCUGGGAAUCAAAAUGAUUGAAUGCCAUGUUUAAAAUAGAUCUCAUUAUAUUAGAAGCUGAUUUAGAAAAGAGGGGUAUUAAGUCCAUAUCGAAUUCCUCUCUGGAUCUAAUUUAAAUGCACGAUAAUGGAGAGCUCAACCCAAUCCCAAAAAUAACACUUAGGGGCCCAUUCACUUAGUUUGAGUGAAGGAAUAGAAUAAAAAAUACUUUGAAUUUCUAAG